GCCAUUUUGACGUGUUGUGUUGUGGUCGGAUGAAAUAAUUAAAAAACAUUCAUUAUUAACGCUUGUAUGUGUAAAAACUAAUUGGGCACUAUUUUGUUUAAUGUAUGAAUUUGUGAUUAACAUAUUUAUUUUUUGGUAAAGAUAAAAACUCUAGCCAUGGAUGAUAAGGCUUCUUGUAAGGAACUCGAUCAGUGGAUAGAACAGUUAAAUGACUGCAAACAACUAACAGAAAAUCAAGUUAAAACUCUUUGUGAUAAGGCUAAAGAAAUACUGUCUAAAGAAUCAAAUGUACAAGAAGUGAAAUGCCCUGUAACAGUAUGUGGAGAUGUUCACGGACAAUUCCACGACUUAAUGGAAUUAUUUAGGAUAGGUGGACGUAGCCCAGAUACUAAUUAUCUCUUUAUGGGUGACUACGUUGAUCGUGGAUAUUAUUCCGUGGAAACAGUAACCCUUUUAGUAGCAUUAAAAGUACGAUAUAAGGAAAGAAUAACAAUUUUAAGGGGUAAUCAUGAGUCAAGGCAAAUUACACAAGUCUAUGGAUUUUAUGAUGAAUGUUUAAGAAAAUAUGGAAAUGCAAAUGUGUGGAAAUUUUUUACAGAUUUAUUUGAUUACUUGCCCUUAACUGCCCUUGUUGAUAGUCAAAUCUUCUGUUUGCAUGGUGGUUUAAGUCCCAGUAUUGACACUUUGGAUCAUAUUAGAGCUUUGGAUCGUUUGCAAGAGGUACCACAUGAAGGUCCCAUGUGUGACUUGCUUUGGUCAGACCCAGAUGAUCGCGGCGGAUGGGGCAUUUCUCCUCGUGGGGCAGGCUAUACAUUUGGUCAGGAUAUUUCUGAAACUUUCAAUCACUCUAACGGUCUUACCCUGGUAUCAAGAGCUCAUCAGCUGGUCAUGGAGGGUUACAACUGGUGUCACGAUCGAAAUGUAGUAACUAUCUUUAGUGCUCCCAACUAUUGCUACAGAUGUGGCAACCAAGCUGCAAUUAUGGAAUUAGAUGAUGCCCUUAAGUAUUCAUUUUUACAAUUUGAUCCCGCACCUCGACGUGGAGAACCUCAUGUAACACGUAGAACUCCAGAUUAUUUUUUGUAAUUUCUUUAUAUUUGUCAAUCGCAAUGUCAUAAAAAAAUGCUUAGAUAUAUUGUAUUAACAAGUAUAGCGUUCAAACCAGUGACGCAGUCUAUCAAAAAACUCUUGUGUAUAUAUUUUGAAAAUUACAUAUUAUUGAAUGAAUUAAAUUUGUGAAUUUGUUCAUUAGGUUUAAUGUUGUAGACUUAAUAAAAUGUACCUAAAUGUCAGUAAUUUUUGAACUAAUUACAAAGAGUUUUUUUAUGAUUUUUCACCAAUUCCAAGGAAUGUGUUUGUCCAUAGUGACCACAAAUAUAAUAUUGUAUUCAUAAAAUAAAACUGUAGCUAUAUUAUGCAUGAAUUAGUACUCAGUGUUUAAUACAUAUAAAGUGCAUUUUUAUUUGAGCUUCAAAAUUAUAUGUGCAGCACAUUAUUUUAUUGUUAAAUAACAAUCAUCGCAGAAUGUUUUUUCCUUAAAAAAAUAAAAAAAAUUUAAUGUUCCCAUUUAUUGUGUACAGGUUAUUUUAAAAUCUUGUGUUUUGUAGAAUAUUUAGGCGCCUGUUUAUUCAUUAUAGUUGAAAUCUGUUUGAUGUAUGUUGUAUGUCUUUUAUUAUUAUUUUUUUUUACAAAAACAUUGCUAAUUGUAAAUGCUACAUACAUAUUUUCAAAAAUUUUGGACAUGCAAUUUCUGUUAGUUAAUUUUCUAUUGUUUAUAAAGACUGUUCAUUUGGCUCUUUAGUAAAUAAAAAUCAUUUCUAACA